UGUUAAGAUCUAUAUUGACUUUCUCACAUAUUUUUUUAUUUUAAAAAUAUUUAUUUUAAUAUUUAGAAAAUGUUUAUUUAACAUAUAUUAGAUCCAUGUAGUAAUUUGGCCUUUAAAUAAUUCUCAAUUUCUCAUUUCCGUUACCCCCAUAUUCCCCACCUGAGCAUUACACUUCCCAAUGGCCAGUCACUUCCAAAGUAGUUUCCGAAGCGCCGCCCCACGCGCCGCCGUCUCCGCACCCCAGAGACACCACCUAGGGUACCCGUUUUCCAUUUUCACUAAAGAUCCUCUUUUGAUCCGGAGGAGGCUCUCCCAGAUAAGGAAGAACUCAAGAAUCCAAGUAUCUGAUGGAGGAGACCUGUUGCAGACGGCGGUGGAUCUCGAGAGUAAGUCUCUCUACUUCCAGAAAAUCGUCGAGAACAGCGGAAAAGGCCCGGCCGGAGAAGAGGAGGUUAGCCCGGAAGCUUUGGGGAAGAAAACCGAAGAGUUCAAGAAGAUUCUCGACUUUUCCUCGGAGGAGAGGGAUAAAAUCCAGAGAAUGCAGGUCAUUGACCGUGCGGCGGCGGCGAUUUCCGCCGCUAGGGCACUGUUGAAGGAGAACCCUCUGCCGCAGCGGGAGGCUUCCGGUGAAAUGGAGGAGGCUCAGGGCGGCGAUGGAAAUGGGGUGAUUCAAAAAGCACCAAACAAUGGGAGCUUAUCGGUUCCUCAACCGGCGAAUACUACCCCUGGUCCAAGCUUUUGGGCAUGGACACCUCCUCCAGACAGCUCCAUUGAUGACAAAAAACAACUUAAAUUGGAUGCAAAAGUUUCUGCACUUCCCAAUCCAAGCACUCCUGUAAUGGAGAAAGAACGUUCGGCUGAUUAUCUGUUGAUACCAUUUGAGAGUGGCAUUUUGGGAAGUACCAAAAUUGACCCACUCCUACCCCCUCUUCAGUCACUCGUGGAGGUGGAAACCCCGAGCGCCACUGUGGAGACACCCCAACAUCAAGAGGAGGAACAUGAACUCGGCGUCCAGUUUUCAACGCAGGCUGCUGAGGCUGUUCUUGCACUGGAACAGGCUUCUCCUACCCAUGGAGUUAAUCCCGAUGGAUCAAAGUGGUGGAAUGAGACCGGAACCGAACAAAGACCGGAUGGGGUUUUGUGCAAGUGGACUGUGACUAGGGGUGUAAGUGCAGAUAAGGCUGUUGAAUGGGAAAACAAGUAUUGGGAAGCUGCAGAUGAGUUUGGGUACAAAGAAUUGGGUUCUGAGAAAUCCGGGCGUGACGCGGUUGGAAAUGUAUGGCGCGAGUAUUGGAGGGAAUCCAUGUCUGAGAAUGCUGGGCUCGUUCACAUGGAGAAAACUGCAGACAAGUGGGGAAAGAAUGGGAGAGGUGAAGAGUGGCAGGAACAAUGGUGGGAGAAGUAUGAUGCAUCUGGCCAAGCUGAGAAAUGGGCACACAAGUGGUGCAGCAUUGAUCCUAACACACCCCUUCUUGCAGGCCAUGCUCAUGUGUGGCAUGAAAGGUGGGGCGAGAAGUAUGACGGGCAAGGCGGGGCGGUGAAAUACACGGACAAGUGGGCGGAGAGGUGCGAGGGGGACGGGUGGUCGAAAUGGGGGGACAAGUGGGACGAGCACUUUGAUGCGAACGGGCACGGGGUGAAGCAAGGGGAGAAGUGGUGGGAGGGGAAGCACGGCGACCGAUGGAACCGCACGUGGGGUGAGGGGCACAACGGCUCGGGGUGGGUGCACAAGUACGGCAAGAGCAGCAGCGGGGAGCAUUGGGACACCCACGUGCGGCAGGACACCUGGUACGAGAGGGUCCCGCACUUCGGCUUCUACCAUUGCUUUGAGAACUCGGUCCAACUCCGGGAAGUCAAGCGGCCGUCGGAGUCGGAGGAGUCCUAGGAGGGAGUGUUUUGUCAUUGUUUUUAUGGUCACAUGAAUGGUGUAUGUGUGUGUGUGUAUAUGUUUGUGAGAUUUAUGUAUACAAAAAAAAAUGUUUGGUGUGAAAUGUGUUACUCCUUGUUAAGAAUGGUGAAAUAAAACUUUUGUGUUUGG